CCUAGGCCGGCAAAGUAUGAACCCUUCCACUUUCCAAUUUGUUCGGUCAGAAAUAGAUUUAUAUUCCACAUUUUCUCGCAGCUUAUAUAUAGACACACACACUUAAUGUAUGUGGAAUUUGAAAUUUAUAUUGAUAUAGUAAAAUGGGAUGUGUAUGCAGCAAGAACUUAGAAGGAAGAAGGCAUGAAGACAUUACCCUUCUUGCUUCUCAAACCUUUUUUAGCGAGGCUGAGGUUGAAGUUCUGCAUGAAUUAUUCAUCCAACUCACUUCUUGUCUCAGCAACGACAAUCUUUUGACCAAAGAACAUUUUCAAUUCAUCUUAAUCAAGAAUACCAAUAGGCGCAGUAUUUCUGCUGACCGGAUUUUCGGAUUAUUCGAUAUGAGAAACGAUGGGGCAAUAGAUUUUGGAGAGUUUGUACAUACUCUCAACAUUUUUCACCCAAACUCAUCCCAAAGAGAUAAGGCCAUAUUUGCAUUUAGAUUAUACGAUACUCGUCAGACUGGAUUCAUUGAACCGGAGGAGGUUAAAGAGAUGAUAAUAGACGUUCUAGAGGAAUCAGAACUUAUGCUAUCCGAGAGUAUCAUCGAUUCUAUCGUGUCUAAAACAUUUGAAGAGGCGGAUUGGAAAAAGGAUGGGAAAAUAGAUUUAGAAGAAUGGGAGGAUUUUGUUGCCAACUAUCCUUUGACACUAAAGAACAUGACUAUCCCUUUCUUGAAGGACAUACCAAGGAUUUUUCCAACAUUCUUCCGGUAAAAAUCAAAUAAGAUGUUUUUGCUUUGUCUCGCUACAAGUUUUUUUAUUUGAAAAAUACUCCCUCCGUUUCAAAA